AUGAAAGAGGAAAGUUCUGCUCCAUCCUUAAGCGGCUUUGGAGCUGAUCAACCUCGAUUUGUCACAAUUACAGAGCCCAAAGAAGAGUUAUCAAUUAUUCGUAUAAUUGGCAUCACUGCUGCAUUAUUAGGCUAUCAACUUUCUUAUUCAUGCAAUUUUUCGAUCAUCACGCCAAUUAUUGGUCGUCUUCGAUUUGCCAGCUAUAUGAAAUCAAUAGUAUGGUGCAUUGCUCCGAUAUGCGAUUUCCUUGUUCAAACCACCGUAGGAUAUUAUAGUGACAAAUGCCAUUCCAGGCUCGGAAGAAGGCGUCCAUUUAUAAUAACUGGCGGAGUUGGUCUGAUUACCAGUGUUUUAAUUAUGUUUUUCUGUGAAAAUAUAGGACAUGGAAUUUCAGAGAAACACUGGAGAACAGUUUCACAAGUUUUCUUUAUUAUCGCAUUCACCAUUAUGAAUAUAUCCUUAAAUACAAUACAGUGUCCUGCGCGAGCCUUAAUUUCCGAUAUCCUUCCUGAUCAUCAAAAAGUUGUUGGAUAUACAAUAGCAACAAUCAUGAAUGGUCUAGGAGCUAUCAUAGUUAAUCUCAUAGGUGGCUUAUCUCUGUAUAAAUACACACCGCUUUCAAAUGAGAAAUUUUUAUUCACAAUCGGCUUCAUUUCUGCUCUAGUUACCAUCCUUAUUACAUCACUAGUUUCUCCUGAACGCCGAUUUAAUAUACACGUUGAAACAAAGAAUGUUUGGGUUGAAUUAUUCAAUUCCUUUAGAUAUGCGCCAGCCGUAGUCAUCAGAGCAGCAAUUUCUUACUUCCUUGGGUGGUGCGCCAUCUUUGCUUAUCUCGUAGAGAUAACAAAUUAUUUUGGAGAAAUUAUUUACAGCGGAGAAGCGUCAGAUGCUGAUCCUGUUGCACACCAGAAGUAUGUAGAUGGUGUGAACUUCGGAAUGCUUACUCUAGCUGUCAUGUAUUCGGUUUCAUUACUUUACGGAUUUAUUCAACCGACAAUUGUCAAGUUAAUCGGUGCGAAGCUAUCACUGACCAUAUCUAUGUUCAUUGCUGUAGUUGUUUUCAUUGCUUUCAACUUCAUUUUCAAUAAAUGGGUAUUAUUAUUUUUGUUUGGGCUUCUUGGAAUCCCUUAUCUAGUUCUAUGCUCAAUUCCAUUUACAAUUGUGUCAAUGAGCGUUUCAGAAAAGGAUGUUGGUAAAAAUUUCGGAGUUGUGAACGCUUUUGGUUGCUUUGGACAACAACUUGCGAACUUGUCCAUUGUUUAUGGUGUAGCUGCUGCUCUUCCCGACCGACCAAAUUUACUCAUUGCAUUGGAAACUGUUUUUGCCUUUGCAACAGGUAUUUUUGCACAUUUCUUGAUUGUUCCUGAGGAAAAGAAACAGGCUAUUAACUCACAGCCACUCCUGGGAUAG